AUGUUCGACAGCAGCGUCCUGGAAGCAGAAGAACUGGCCCGUAACAUCAAAUUCCAACUGGUCUACACUAAUUUUAUUCAUUUUGGCUCUAACAUUCUCCCGCCAAACGUAAUAGAAGUCGGCGGAUAUCACGCUGUGAAUUCAAAACAAUUGCCUGACAACAUACGCAAGUUCAUUGAAGAUUCAGAACACGGAGUCAUAUACAUAAGUUUUGGUUCAAUGCUAAAGGCUGCAUCGACACCUAGGGACAAAAUAGAAACAAUCAUAAGUGCCCUUACAGAACUACCUCAAAGAGCUAUUUGGAAAUGGGAAGAAGAUUCUUUGCCAGGAAAUCCGAAAAAUAUAUACCUAUCUAAAUGGUUGCCUCAGAACGAUAUUCUUGGUCACCCAAAUGUAUUAGCCUUUUAUUCUCACUGCGGUCUAUUGAGCACUACGGAAGCGAUGUACCAUGGUGUUCCAAUGCUUGCCAUGCCCAUUUUUGGAGAUCAACCAGCAAAUGCUGCAGCAGUUGAAGAGAGCGGACUCGGAGUCCAGAUUGAAUUAAAAGAACUCACAAAGGAAAAUCUGUUACAGAAAUUUAAGAAGAUACUAAAUCCGCAGUUCCGAGCUGAGGUCAAGUCGCUGUCGCGCGCCUGGCGGGACCGGCCGACCUCGGCAAUGGACAGUGCAGUGCAUUGGACGGAGUUCGCCGCUCGCCAUCGAAAUUUCACAUUCAGGUCGCCAGCCGCCGAUGUUCCCGUCUACCAAUACUUAUGUCUAGACGUGCUCUUCGUUCUGUUCGGUGUACCAAUCUAUCUGCGGGAACUGGCGAAUCGAGGCCAUAAUGUCACCGUUAUAUCCCACUUCCCCGAAAAAGAUCCGCCAAAGAACUAUCACGACAUCAGCUUGGCGGGAAGCAUAAAGAUAUUGGAGGAUGACAUGCCGUUAGAAAGAUCAUUCAUGACAAUUCUUCAAGUCGCAAUAUUUCUUACAACGUCGGGUAAAGAAAAUUGUGAAGUGAUGUUAGCUAAUGAAAACGUGCAGGGAAUGAUUGAGCGAAAACCGAAGUUCGACGUUGUUGUAGUUGAGCAAUUUAACAGUGACUGUGCUCUUGGUAUCGCGUACAAGUUAAACGCGCCAGUUGUGGGAAUCACGUCGCAUAUAUUGAUGCCUUGGCACUACAGCCGGCUAGGUAUACCAAACAAUCCCUCGUACGUCUCGUUCCAUUUCCUCGAAGGUGGUACAAAGCCGACCUUCGCUCAGCGACUAGAGAGGGUUGUGUUCGACCUUUAUUUCAAAACAAUUUAUUAUUUGGUUUCGCAAAGGAGCGAUCAAAAUACUCUUGCUCGAUAUUUCGACGAUAUUCCACCUUUAGAAGAUUUAGCGCGGGAAAUUAAAUUCUUGCUUUUAUAUCACAACUUUAUUCUAACGGGAUCUAGUUUAUUUCCCGCUAACGUCAUUGAAAUCGGUGGUUACCAUGUGCAAAAAGCCAAGCCAUUGACCGGUGAGCUCAGAAAGUUUGUCGAGGAAGCAGAGCAUGGGGUAAUAUAUAUAAGUUUUGGAUCAGUUAUUAAAAGUUCUACGUUGCCCAGUUCCAACCUCGAAGCGAUACUGGGGGCUAUAAGAGAAUUACCUCAAAGGUUUAUUUGGAGAUUCGACAAUAAAACUUUGCUUGUCGAUAACGAAAAUAAGCUUUACGUCGACGAUUGGCUACCUCAAGUUGACAUUUUAAACCACCCAAAAACCCUGGCCUUCUUUUCCCAUGCUGGCAUGGGCGGUACAACUGAGGCUCUCCACUUUGGUGUCCCAAUGGUAGCCAUGCCGGUUUUUGGAGAUCAGCCCGCGAACGCCGCGUCCAUCGAAGAGAGUGGUCUUGGAGUGCAGUUGCACAUCAGGGAUUUAACCAAGCAGAGCUUAGUCGCCGCCUUGAAGACAGUAAUGGAACCAAAGUUCAGCGCCAACGUGAAACUCGUGUCAAAGGCUUGGCACGAUCGUCCGAUGCCACCGCUGGAUACCGCAAUAUAUUGGACGGAAUUCGCAGCGCGAUAUUCAAAUUUAACGUUCAGAACUGCGGCGGCAGACGUUCCUUGGUAUCAGUACACCAACCUUGACGUCGCGCUUCGUUGUGGCUGGCGACCUGGUCACAUCUCCUGUUCUGUUCUGAAAAAAAUCGAGCGUCACAACUGUACCAAGACCGGAGAGUGCGCCCCUUGCUCGAGAUCUUGUUCACGGCCGACUUGCCUGAAGCCCUGUUGCAACACCCCCAAAUGCAUCUCUGUAUGCCCCUCAACCAAUUCGUGUCUCAAACAAGCCAUUUUCGGUCAACCGCUCAUAAGAAUUAUCAGACACGGUGGCCAAUACAGCAUCUGCACGAAACCGUCCAAAAUCAGUAACGCGCCGUCGGGACCUUACCCGCUAAAAUAUGUCCUGAACACCGUCGACACUGAUAAUCCAGAAGAUAGAGAAGGCGCCGCAAAAUACAGCGUGGAAGCGAAGUUUAACGACUAUCAGUUUGACUAUACAAGCUCACAGUCUUCCUUCGUGCUAGACUUCUCGCCACCAAACCAAAAAUGUUAUAAGACAUGCCCCAAGAGUGCCACAUGCAUGCUUUGUGAAAUAAAA